AAUGUAAUGACACAAAUUUCCUCAGAUAAUAAAAAAGAAAAGAAAAAACCCACUGACAAAACAGUAAGGAUUAAUAGAUUGCUUUCCUUGGAUUCAACCUCAGCUCUCAAUCAUUGUAUCCACAUUAGAUAGAUCAUCAUUAGAUCUCACUCGCCUUUUCUCAAGACAGAGAAGCUGACACACACACACAGAGUCAUCUUGAUAGGAGAAAGAGAGAGAAAGAGAAAUGUCAAGGAGAUCAGGGGCCUGCUUGAGGUGUUGUUUGGUCAUAUUUGCAGUGAUUUCUGCUUUAGGUGUGUGUGGUCCUGCUUUGUAUUGGAGAUUCAGGAAGACUUUUGGAUUCCCUGAUUCCAAAGCCUCUUCUUGCCCUCCUUGCAUCUGUGAUUGCCCUCCUCCUAUGACUCUACUCAAGAUUGCUCCUGGGUUGGCCAACCUUUCAGUCACAGAUUGCGGGGGCAAUGACCCAGAUCUCAAAUUGGAGAUGGAGAAGCAAUUUGUAGACCUUCUAACAGAGGAGUUGAAAUUGCAAGAGGCUGUUGCUCAAGAGCAUGCUCAUCACAUGAACAUCACGCUUGCUGAAGCAAAAAGGGUGGCAUCCCAAUACCAGAGGGAGGCAGAAAAAUGCAAUGCUGCAACUGAAACAUGUGAGGAGGCAAGAGAGCGGUCUGAAGCAUUGCUGAUCAGAGAGAGGAAGAUUACUUCCUUAUGGGAGCAACGGGCCCGUCAACUGGGUUACGAAGGAAAGUAAUUGUUAUAUAAUUGAUAUUAGAUAUUUCUUGCACUUGAACUAGCAAAUUGUUCUAUCGUUAGCAUUUAUACUAGCAGGCACUCGCAAAUUGCUUGAGAUCCUCUCUUACACUGUCACUCGCAAAUUGCAUCAGUUUUCUUGCAAAGGCAAGCAAAAAAUGGUAUGUAUGUAUCAAUUUUCACCGGUAAUUCGAUCUGUUCUGGAUCCACCAGCUCAGCCAUUAUUUCAA